AUGCUGUCAGUUCUUAUGGCUAACGCUGCCGUACAGUAACGUUACCUGCCUAAAGAAUAAAGCGAUGUGGCAGCUUGAGGCUAGCGCUGUCUCUCUAUCAGGAGAAAUUCCCGACGAAUGCACAGUCACUGUUUCACGGAAAAUGAAAAUACAUGGAGUCAUUUGAGAGCCAUGCGUUUUCUCCCACAGUUGGCAGGCAGGUAUUUUCCUACAGCCAGGCGUCGCACUGGGAGAGCAUCAUUCCGUCUGGCUCCGCCGCUGUCUGCUGAUGUAGCAUGAAUGCUAGCUAACUUAUGUACAUGUUUGUAUUUAUCCGUGGAAGCGCCGUUAACAGGAAGCCUUAAAGGGGGGUUUAAUUCCAGGAAUUGCCGCCUCAUGGGGAGCACACACACGUCCCUCCAUAAGUCAGAACCUCCAGACAGAAACUCUGAGUGACUGUUCCGUGUCAGGAGACAUUUCCUGAACCGUUGUGGGAACAAAACGAGGUGACAUUUCUUUUCAAACUCGACGUUAAUUCAUUUGAAGUGCGGUGCGCCCUUUCCCUCUGCGGUUGGUCUUGUACGCAGGUCAAAAAAACUUCAGGUAAGGAAAGUCAUGCAGGGUAAAAUCAUGUGGACCGGCACUUCAGACAGAGGACCGACCCAGGUCUGUCUCCCUGGACCAAUCAGAGAGUGUUAACCCGGGCCAGAACCUCCAAACCUGACAGCUCCAGCACCAUGGGACACUAAACCAGCGUUUUCUACAUCGACUGCGAGGAGGACUUUACUGCUUCUGUCUCCAGUUGUGCAUUGGAACCUCGUCAUGACAGGGCACAUCUGUCAGCUAAAGGAUGUGGACAAGACAGAAGUAAUACACAAGCUAACAUGCACAAUGUAUUAGGAUCUGGAGUCCUUGGAUGACUGUACAUACAUAAGUUGAUGAGGCAUUGCUGCAGGAGACCGUGGGAUUACCUUUGGUACAGAGAAACCUGUGAUCACAUGAUUUAAUUGUGCUGAAAUCAAAUACUGUGGAAUUAAUCUUUUCCUCAUUCAUUUUUAUGGACCCAGACCCCCUGGAUACUCCCCCUCUGGUGGUCCCUGGACCCAACUUUGAGAGCCACUGGAUCAGUGAGCUCUUGUCAAAACCCUCUGUGUUUUCUGCUGUCGCACUAAGAAGGAACCUUUUGACCAUGCACUAAAGCCUGAGCUGGAAGCCUUAGAGAGAGUCAAGUUUACACGGAGUCAGCCAUGCCUAUCAGGAAAAAAGACACGGCUCGAGCCCUGGGGCUUUUGGAGGAAUACUGCACUAAACUGAGGAAGCCGGAGGAGCUGCAGCUCAAAACUGCCAUUCAGAGAGUAAUGGGGAUUUUCAAAAGCAACCUGUUUGAAGCUCUUCUUGAUAUCCAGGAGUUCUAUGAAGUGACACUGCUAAACACGCAGAAAAGCUGCGAGCAGAAGCUGGAGGAGGUCAACCACAUGGCGGACAAGUGGGAGAAGAGUGUCUCUGUACAAAACUCUGAGCUUGCACACACUGCCUGCCCAGCAGAGGAGAGGGAGCAGAGCAGCUCAGAACCCAGUGGGUUGGAGCAGGGAGAGAGCACCAAGACCUCUGUGAACAGGCCACCAGCAGUACAGGGGUCACCCCACAACGGCCAGACCCCACCCUGCAUGAACCCUGCCUUGAUGAACGCUCCCUGGCAGUACCACUACCAAGAGGACGACUCACCGCCUCUUGACCAGGGAUUCCCGCGGCUCACCAACGAGGUGCGCGCCCCCGAGCUUGUGCAUGUGUCUGAGAAGAACCUGUCAGAGAUCGAGAAUGUUCAUGGCUACGUGUCCCAUUCCCACAUCUCUCCUCUCAAGCCUGCACUGGUUACCCGUUUUGAUCUUGCAUACCCGGGUGUGACCACAGCAAACUACAUGGCCAGCCCUGCCCCAAUAAUCGUCAACACAGACACUUUGGAAUCAGUUCCUUAUGUCAACGGCACAGAAAUUGAAUACGAGUUCGAGGAAAUCACUCUAGAGCGGGGAAACUCAGGGUUGGGCUUCAGCAUUGCCGGAGGGACAGAUAACCCACACAUUGGGGACGACCCCGGCAUCUUUAUCACCAAGAUCAUACCUGGAGGAGCCGCAGCAGAGGACGGACGCCUGAGAGUAAACGACUGCAUCCUGCGGGUGAAUGAUGCAGACGUGUCUGAGGUUUCUCACAGUAAGGCGGUUGAAGCCCUGAAGGUUGCAGGCUCUAUUGUCCGGCUGUAUGUGCGGCGCCGCAGACCAAUGCUGGAGACCAUCAUCGAGAUCAAGCUCAUCAAAGGACCAAAAGGGCUUGGCUUCAGUAUUGCAGGUGGAGUUGGAAACCAGCACAUCCCUGGUGACAACAGCAUAUAUGUCACCAAGAUCAUCGAUGGCGGGGCAGCCCAGAAGGACUGCCGACUACAAGUUGGAGACAGGUUGCUAAUGGUGAACAACUACAGCCUGGAGGAAGUCUCUCAUGAGGAGGCUGUUGCCAUUUUAAAGAACACGUUGGACGUGGUCUAUCUAAAGGUGGGGAAGCCCACCAAUGUCUACCUAUCAGAUCCCUAUGGGCCUCCUGAUAUCACACACUCUUUCUCUCCGGCCAUGGAAAAUCAUAUCUCUUCCCCCGUCAACAGUGGCACUCUGGAGUACAAGUCUGGCCUCCCCCCCAUCUCCCCCGGGAGUUAUUCCCCCCUCCCUAAGCACUUACUGGGGGAAGAGGAUAUAAACAGGUUGGAUGGUUUUUCCUUCUUACGAAAUCCUUCGCUAGAUGACGGGGAGGGUCACAGGUUUGAUUCCCAGCAUUUCCAGUUGAGGCCUCCUGAGCCAGUUUACAGCACUGUGAACAAACUAUGUGACAAAGCACCCUCCCCCCGACACUAUUCCCCAGUGGAGUGCGACAAAAGUCUCCUCCACUCCGCCCCCCUCCCAAACUAUCACUUAAGCCUGUUCCCUGACUCGGACAUCACCAGGGAACCCAGGAAGGUGGUGCUCCACAAAGGCUCCACAGGCCUGGGCUUCAACAUCGUGGGCGGUGAGGACGGCGAGGGCAUCUUCGUCUCCUUCAUCCUGGCAGGAGGGCCCGCUGACCUGAGCGGAGAGCUGAGACGAGGCGACCAGAUCUUAUCGGUUAAUGGCAUUGACCUGCGAGGAGCUACGCAUGAACAAGCAGCAGCCGCGCUGAAAGGAGCGGGACAGGUGGUCACCAUCUUUGCCCAGUACAGACCAGAAGAACUUGCUCUAUGCUCACCCCGACGGGCCCACUCUCCUGCACCAGAGUACGGGCGUUUUGAGGCCAAAAUCCAUGACCUGCGGGAACAGAUGAUGAACCACAGCAUGAGCUCUGGGUCGGGAUCACUGCGAACCAAUCAAAAGAGAUCGCUCUAUGUGAGAGCACUGUUUGAUUAUGAGAAGGCAAAGGACAGCGGCCUCCCCAGCCAAGGGCUCAGCUUCAGGUACGGGGACAUCCUCCACGUCAUCAAUGCCUCUGAUGACGAAUGGUGGCAGGCCCGCCGUGUGACCCCGCAUGGGGACAGUGAGGAGAUGGGUGUCAUCCCCAGCAAGAGACGGGUGGAGAGGAAAGAGCGGGCACGUCUAAAGACUGUGAAAUUCAACGCCAAGCCUGGGUCAUUUGAUUCUAAAGGGUCAUUCAAUGACAAACGUAAAAAGAAUUUCAUCUUUACACGAAAGUUCCCGUUCUACAAGAAUAAAGAGGGUGAGCAGGAUGGCAGUGAUUCAGACCGGAGUCAAGAGGACGUGAUUCUCUCAUAUGAGCCAGUGCUGCGGCAAGAAAUUAAUUAUGCCAGACCCGUCAUAAUCCUGGGACCAAUGAAGGACAGAAUCAAUGAUGAUCUUAUAUCAGAGUUCCCAGACAAGUUUGGGUCUUGUGUGCCACCUGCCAACAGUUCAGGGCACCAAGAUACCACCCGGCCGAAGAGAGACUACGAGGUGGACGGGCGAGACUACCACUUUGUGAUGUCCAGAGAGCAGAUGGAGAAGGACAUCCAAGAGCACAAGUUCAUUGAGGCAGGACAGUACAAUGAUAAUCUGUAUGGAACAAGCGUCCAAUCUGUAAAAUAUGUGGCUGAAAGGGGUAAACACUGUAUCCUGGAUGUGUCUGGAAAUGCCAUCAAACGACUACAAGUAGCACAACUCUAUCCCAUUGCCAUCUUCAUAAAACCUAAGUCUAUUGAUUCAUUAAUGGACAUGAAUAAGAGACUGACAGAAGAGCAAGCCAAGAAGACAUUUGACAGGGCUUUGAAGCUGGAGCAGGAGUUUGGUGAAUUCUUCACAGCCCUGGUUCAAGGAGACACCUUAGAGGACAUUUAUAACUACUGCAAACAGGUCAUAGAGGAACAUUCAGGACCCUAUAUCUGGAUCCCCUCAAAGGAGAAACUAUAAUAACUCAUCACCCUGGAAGGGAGUCUGGACUGCUAGAAACUAGUAAUAAGUUGUAACAUAUGAUAACUGUGUGGCGAUGAUUAGUCUUCAUAAAUAACUAUUGUGAAUAUAUUUUGGGUUUUUUUUAUCUUAUUUUCUCGUAUGUUUGGUUAUUGCUUCAUUUUUUUCACUCAACAUGAAUGUUCCUGAAUGUAUACCACAAAGUGUUAGGAAAUUUUAGGUCUUGAGACAUGAAUCGUUUGUAUAUUUGUUGAUUUUUAAUUUGAACAAAGAGAAAACAAAUAAUGUAAUGAAAACUGAAUAAAUAUGGGGUGUGUGUGUCCACAUCAGUGCUGUGCUGAAUCGCAGACAGUAAACUGUUGUUGGCAUACACAGAGUUCUCUGCUCCUCUAACAUAGGAAGGAAAGUAGGUAUUCCAGCUGCGACACCAUUUCCCUCCCCCUCCCCUCACCCUGCGGCAAAUAAUCAUAUGAAGUUUGAUGUUUUAUCUGAUUUUGCAUCCCCUGAACACAGCUUCACUUUGUGUUUGUUUACAUUGUCGUUUCUUCCUUGAAUUGCUGUAAUUAUUUCUCUGACAUUGAGGAUGUGUGAGGAACAUGUAUUAUUCACUGUAAGAUUUCCAUGUGUUUUUUUUUAUUUAAAAGCAGACAUUGCUCAUCCAGCUGUUGCAUUGACAAUGAUGAGAAAAAGAGAGAAAGCUGCUAUCGGCAACAGAGAUGUAACACUAUAUUUUGCUACUUAAACUGCUAGAGGGCACAAAAGCACAGAAUUAUUUAUUAUUGAAAAUAUAACUUUGAUUAAAAGGUCAUUUACAGAGCAUAUUUUAUGUGAGUGAUGUAGUAUGUUGUGACUGUGUUAGGGUGGAUGGUGAAAGAGACAUUUGAUGUUUGUAUUUUGUAGACUUGGAGUGGAGGCGUGGUCUAAGUAGUGAUUAAAUUUAUACUGAACACACAUUUCUGUCUUUUGAAACUAAUAGUAGGGACAGUGAAGAAUAGAAAUACAAAAUAAAAGACCAAUACUUUUUGAAAUUAUAAAAAAUACCUUGUAGAAAAUGAAAGUAAAGUAAAUGCAGAAAUUGCAAAAAAUGCAGUUCAGUUAAACAUUAUGGAGUCGUUAAGGAUUAAACAAAAGGUGAGUUUUCCUACUUUACCUUGAAGAGAAUACUGAUUCAGAUGGCUUGUUCUCCUCGGACAGGCUGUUCCAAUCCUAAUGAGAAAGGUUUGAUGAUAAUGAUUGGAUUUAUAGCUUGUGGCCCUAGGCUGCAGCAGAGGAAUAGUGAAACAAAGUGGAAAUUCUGUACUAAAAAGACCUAGAAAGAUGCCCAGUUGCCCCAUGUCUAACUCAGACUGCGGGAUUUUGCCCCCCAUCAUUUACACUAAGUUCAUUAGGACAGGAUCUCUUAAUGUCCGGUCUGAACAGGAGGAACAGCAAGAAGAACCUGUUUCAUAUGGGCACCUGACAAGAGAGACAGACUUGAAAAAAUGUCUUUAAUUGUUAGAUAUGAAAAUGUAAAAACUCAAACAUACUGAUUAUGGACACAAUGUACAGUGUUAGUCAUUGGUGAGCCUAAAACACUUAUAUUGACUCUCAGGUGGAUCUCCUGCUCCUUGUUCAAACAGAACGCUGUUUUAAAGGUCCAGUGUGUAACAUUUAGGAGGAUCUAUCGUCAGAAAUACAAUAUUAUAUUCAUAGGUAUGUUUUAAUUUGUGUGUAAUCACCUGAAAAUAAGAAUCAUUGUGUUUUUGUUACCUUAGAAUGAGCUGUUUUUAUCUACAGAGGGAGCGGGUCCUUUCUGGCAGAGUUCGCCAUGUUGACCCGCCAUGUUUCUACAGUAGACCAGAAUGGACAAACCAAACACUGGCUAUAAAUUGGUCUGUUUUUUUAGGCUCACCCAUAAGUUAGCAUUGCCCUGGCUCCUUUGACACAAAACCAAUAGGAUGUUUUGCGAUUUUUAGAUUUUGGAUUUUUGCAAAAGAGAAAAAAGCUCUGUGGCAAACAAAGGUUACCUACACAUUGUUCAGCAACAUGACUUACAGUGUAUGAUUUUUGAAGCAUAAAUGCCAUCUCUAGAAUGGCUGUAAAGGCGUACAAGUGAGUAGAUAAGUCUGUGUUUUAGUGUCACCAACAACCUCUGUAGUCUCAUGUAGCCACUUGUUAGCAACCGCCUUUUUUAAGUCACGUAAAAGCUACAAAAUUAACAGGUGGAGUAUUUACUGACAUAUUUUAUUGCUAGUGUUAUAAUGCACAGAACUUCUGGGUCUGAGAGGUGAAGCAAAUGCAUAAGUGUCUUAAACCUGCAUUGUUUCUAAUGGCCAGCAGGGGGCAGCUCCAUUAGCUUAAAAAAAAAGUCUGAUUGUAUGGAGUCUUAUGCAGAAAUGAGCCGACUUCUCACUUGUUUUAUGAGCUCAGUAAACAGUUUCCUAAUGAGUGUAUGGUCUCAAUCUCUAGUUUCAGUCUUCUUCGAUACAGCAUCAUGUUCAUUUAGUAAAUGAUGGUCCCAUUUAGAGUAAAAUAGAUGAUAAAGCAGGGUAUUGUUUAGGGCGUGCCUUCCUUAUGAUUGACAGGUCAUUCUCAGUGAGUCCGUCCAGCUCAACGCACCAAACUCAGAUCAAACUGUCAAACUAGGCAGUGCUGAUCAAAAAUAAAUCAAGAUUCUGUUACUGUGUUGUAUCUCUCUCCUCAUUUGUCAGACGCAUAUUUUAGUGUACUGAUACAAUGUGUCACCAGGCGAGCCACCAUUGUUUCCUGCUACAGAUGAGUUGAAACCAAGCGCAGCCAGUGAUAGCAGCUCAACUUGCUGUACGUCACCUCCGUUGGCUCAGAAAAACCCAACAUGGCGACAACCAUGAAACUCUAGGCUUCAAAAUGCUAAAAUACCAAUGGGUGACAUCAUGAUUGGUUCGCACUUGUGUUAACCACAGACCUAAUUUCAGCUCACUAACCAAAAACCCAUUCAAAAAACGGAGGUGCAAAAAUAGUAUUUCAGUUUAGGAGCAGUGCUCCAUACAAAUGAUUGCAAAUUGAAACUACACCUCUAGAUGCCACGAAAUCCUACACACUGGUCCUUUAAAGCUACAGUCAUGGCUGACCUCUAGGACCUCUGGCUGACCUCUAAUCCUUGCCGGACCCCUUUUAACUUACAGAUCUGGUUUAAAAACACCUUUAAAUGUUCAGCAGAACACCUGACAGGACAACAAGGACCAUCCUGAAUCAGCCAGGAGACCUGGAUGAAGCUUUCUCAGUAUUUAUUAGCCUAGAGUUUAGUUUUAGGAGUGGAUGAGCUCUGAUGUCCUGAGCAGACACACGAUACAAUAUAAUCCACUAUGUAUAGUUUACUCACCAGUGGCUUGCCUUGUUUCAAAGGGCAUACAAUAUAGUACCUCGCUUUGUUAAAAAUAAAAAUCCAUUAUGUACUUAAAGCACUUGGAAUGACUAAUGCAUCUACCAGUGUGAUAACCUUCCUGUUCUGUCUAACUGCAACGCCAUUGGUCGUUAGAUUCCCAUGACUACAAUUUUUGAGUGAUAUAUAUUCGAGUAUUCCUGCUGUUUGAUUUAGACAGCAUGUUUCACCCCAACCUCUGAUCCAGUAAAUAUAGUAGUUACAUUAAUGCAGGUAUGUUUCUAAUCAAUAGGACGUUUCAAAAGUGCACUUAUUCAUUGUUUUUGGUAAACAGGCACUGUAUGAUAACAGUAAUUAAUACAGUUUUUAAAGCAAUUAUAAAUCAAAUCCACUGAUUAUUGUGUAAGAUGGCACAGUGAAACCUGAGAAAACUGACUGGUGGACCACGUACUGUAGGCCUACCUGUAGUAGCUUAAAACAUUUCUCCUAAUGAGUGUGUACCUUGAAGACGAUGUUUUUAUGUACAGAUAGAAUCAUAUUUCUCUUUCAUCCCUUGUCAUAGAUCGGUUGAGACUUUUUCAGCUCUGAAUCAACUCUAAUGUUUCCUUUUUCUAUUUGCGAUAUGUUUUGAGACAUCUGCCGUCAUUCUUUUGCAAAUUUUUCCAUAACGUAUUGGUCACCACUUGCCUUAACAGAGAAGGUUUACUGUAUAUCAGAAAUUAAAGCUUAUAAAUGUACCUUUCGUUUGAAAAUAGAAUAUUUUAUUGAAUCUUCCUUCACAUUUAACUCCAGUGAAAGAAGGCUGAAUCAGAUCUAAGGUAAAAGUCAUUAUACUGAGGGUGUUGAUGCCUUGUACUGAUAAAGUUAAAGGCUUAACAGAUCUUUUAUAUUAUGUAAUUUUAUCUUACAAAUGAGCGUUUCUGUGGCAAAAAGAUUUUAAAAUGGUUAUGAUGAGAUCAAUAUUUUGACCACUGUUUUUCAAAAGUGUUACUGGCCAGCAAUAUGACCAGAUGUAAAAGAAAAUAUAUCUUCAUACGCUGGCUCGAUACUAAUGCUAAACCUAAUACAGUACUUCCAAAGUCAUUGUGAGCAUUGUAACACGUGAUAUUUUACAGGCCGGUGGGGAUUUUUGUGUGGAAAUGUAAAGGAUGUCUGACCUAUGCAUGUUGCAACAGUCUUCUGUUUCCUGUGGAUGUGCAAUAUUCAACGCAACUGAAGCAUUGGGGUAUCUGCUGUGUUAUAAGACAUGAUCAAACUACAGAUUUGAAUCAUUUAAUCAGACUUGUGUCUAUUUUAAACUUAAAUAAAAACACUGUUGUAAGAGGUGUUGUCCAAGAAAUAUGUUUUGGUAAAUACACAUUGCCUUUUCAAUCAGUAGUAAAUUCAUGAUUUAUGAUCGACGUUUCCUGUUUCCGUUCAACAAUAUUUUUAGUAUUGUUCUCUUCCUGGGUUAAUAUUGCAUUGACAUUGUGUCCAUAUUCAGGGGUUGCAUCUUUAGAAGAACACUGCCCAUGAAGGUGCAUCCUUCAUUAAUCAGGGUGUCCACAGGGUCUUAAAAAAUCCAAUAACCUGAAUCUGUCUCAUGUACUACUGUCAGGAUAUAGUGAAAGUUUCAGAAAAAACCUUACAGCAGCUUUAAAUUAAUAACUACAAAACAAAACCAAUGUGGAGGCAAUACAGAGUUUCCUUCAUAUGCUUUGUGUUUGUUUUUUUAUCAAUAUAGAUGUAGGUCUUAAAUUGCAUUCAUAAUAAUCUUAAAAAGGUUUGUUAAAGUCUUAAAUGUAUCGCGUUGAAACGUGCAGAAACCCUGAUUAAUGGUGGAUGGUAAUGGUGCUCCUCAACAAUAAGGUGGUCCAACUGGAACCAGCCUGGUUUAACCUGUGAUGACAGAGUGGACUUAAUGGCUUCCAUUAUUUGCAUCCUACAGUGCACUGGCUUUUCCACUGGUCUAGUUACCAGUGACUGAUAAAUACAGUAAGAUCUCACAUGAUACUUCCUGCUUCAUUAGUUGGUGACGUUCGCCUGAACAUUCCAUUAAACAGCAGACCUGCAUGGAGAUUUAGUUGGGAUUUGGAGGACAAAAUGAUUGUGUCCUUCAAAUUUUAUGGGAAUUAAAGCUGCAUUCCCUCCCUAGUUGUGGAGGAGAAACUGGUCAGGCCACAAGGUUGGGCUAAAGUUGCCUGAGCAACAGCCCAUUUGCCCUCCGUGCCUGAGCUGCCCCGUGCAGGUUGUGCCUGCAUAAAUAUGACUAGCCCCUACUUAAAGUUAGACCAAUCUAAAUCACCAUGUCAUCCAAAUUUUUUAACUUUUAGAUAAGCAUGUCUUCUACUGUGUCCCAACACAGAGCUGGAAAAACAACAAAAAACCAUGAUGCUAAGCGAUAAAGUGAUGACCUUUGUCCCCUGUCUUGUGACAUUAUAGCAUAUCAACAAUGAGUGUCAGUCCGAGGUUGUCAAUUACCGACGCUUUGGUACAGAAGCGUAUUGCAUUCACUUGUUGCAUUCACACAAUUAUUUGUGUUUUUCAGAGUAAUUAUUUCUGUUUUUAUGAGUAAUUUAUUUUUUGGUCUGUUUUUCGGACUAAUUUUUUUUCUGAGUUUAGAGAGCAUUUGAAACAAGAGACGCAUUAAUUCCUUUAUUGAGAGCUCGAUUUAACGGAAACAAACAUGAGCGGCUUGUUUAGUUCAAUCAAGUUAUACUUUGAUCUGGGUUUCAGACACUGGGAGAUAGCCCUGUCUUUAAGUCAUGUAGAUGGUAUUAUCAUUAGUUUGUCGACUCUAUGCAGGCACCUGAGGACUUUGUGGUUGUUCAGAAGGAAAGCCCAUUCAGAUCUGCUAUAUAGCAAUAUAUACAUAGCAAAAUUGACCCGGUACGGUAGAUAGUUGAAGAUGGGGCAUGUAUGUGCGGGCAGGAGUCACCAUAGGUCCAUGGGAGUCACUUGCAGGUUGGAGGUUCUCGCGGGAGUUUGAAGUAUCUCGAUAAUUCAGAAAAAACAAUUACUCAGAAAAACAGAAAAAAUUAAUCCGAUAAACAGAAAAAAUUACUCCGAUAAACAGAAAAAAAUAUAAAAAAAAACAAACCCAAAAAUAAAUGACUCAGAAAAAUAGAAAUAAUUACUCCAAAAAACAGACAAAAAAAAAAAAUUACUCAGAAAAGGGUUUUUUUUUUUUUUUCAAGUGAAUGCAAUACGCUUCCGUACUUUGGGACCAGGGACUGAGGCUCAAAAAUCAUGCCGUUAGGAAUGCUAGAACGAGUCAGAACAGAGCCUGAUUGUUUCACAGAUCAUCUGUCUCAUGUACUACUAAAGUCAAAGUUUCAGAAAAUAUGACAAAUUGUUAUUUUUAUAAAAGUUACGUACUGCAGUUUAAAUGACGGAUGUUUUUUUAUUCUCAGUUUGCAAGCUUCAAAUUAAUUCCAUCAUUUUGUACAUUGAGUCUCACAUGAAAUGUGGAAUAACUUUUUGCAGGAAAACACUUGCUAUGAUCAUUUCCAAAAAGGAUUUGUUCAAGAAAUGUUUACAAAUUAUCAAAAACACAAAUAGUUAGGCCAAGUUUUCACAUGUUCAGUUUUCAUUAUUGGUGGAAAGUUGACUGCACCUGAAGAUAAGCUGCUCUAUAUGCAUGUAAACCUUGGUUUUAUUCAGUGUUGUUUGUAAACCUUCAUGUCUGUUCAAUAACAAGAUGCUGUGCACUUAAGAUGAAGCAUAUAUGCCAUAUCUGAUUUACACAUUUGACUGUUGGUGUUGUUUUGGAGUGAUGGACAUACAGGACACACUUACACUUACAUACAUUUACAUUUACUUCUCAACAGCUGAUUACGUUUUUUUAUAUAGAUGUUUUUUUUCUGACAUUUUCAUUUAUUUAAGUUUAUGAACAUGGAGAACAUGGAAGUUGUGUUUGCAUUAUGCUACUGUAUGCACAUCUGUUUGCUUUAAUGACCUACUUAAGAGCAUCGCUGUAUGUAUUUAUAUAUAAAUACUUACAGAGAUACAUAUAUCCAGUAUAUAUACACAUUAUUACAGCAACCAUCGUUUCAAAAGGAAAUUAAAAAGGGUGAUAGUU